AUGAAUCACCCCUACGGUGCCGGCCCUUCCCGUGAAGCUUAUCCCUUUGCGCCGACCUCCGGCCCCCCCGCCGCCACCGCCGCUCAAGGGGUAAAUCCGUAUGUGCAUCGCGGUGCCCAUGAAGCCAAUCCUUACGUGCAGACGGCCCCCGCCUCCCACUCCUCGGCGACGGGUGAGUGCUGUAGCCCCGCUCGCUCUUUCUCUACCUGUGUAUUACUGCCUCCCCCUUUCUCAGCGUGGCGGCCUACCCCCCCCAGCAGCUUCCAUGGAGACGGUUGUGAAGGUGCUGGGUCGAUGCGGGAAGAAGCUGGAGAAGGGCGCCAAGAAUGCUGGGACAGCCGCCGAUCACCUCUGGCAGCACCGUACUCCCUCUCUCUCUCUCUCUCUCUCUCCUACUAUCUCUCCCUCCAUUUCUGCCUCUCUGAAAAGCCGCAGUUCUUUGACACAGUUAGGACGGCCCCGAACCUCACGGAUGCGGCGAUGAGCAGCCUCGCGACGGGGACGAAGGUAUUUGCCGAAGGGGGGCGCGACAAGCUCUUCGAGCAGACAUUUGGUAUCCUCCCGGGGGAGAAGCUCCGGAAGGCGUACGCCUGCUACCUGUCAACGCCCUCCGGCCCCGCCAUUGGGACUCUCUAUCUGUCGACGAGAAGGCUGGCCUUCUGCAGCGAUCAUGGCCCCUCCGCCGCUCGGGGGCAGCCGCCAUCAGCCCACCACAAGGUAUGCAGUGGCUCCGAGCUCCCCGUUUGUGAGAACGUCAGAGGGAGGUGCUCAUCCAUCAUCCGUUGCGCAGGUUGUCCUGGAGCUCAGCCAGGUGCUGGCGGUGGUGCCCUCUCCGAACAGGAUGAACCCCUCGGACAAGUACAUCCAGGUUCUCACCACGGCGGGCCACGAGCUCUGGUUCAUGGGGUUCGUCUCCUACGACAAGGCGGUCAAGAACCUGACGGAGGCUCUGCAGAAGUGUCCGCCUGCUACUGCCUGGUAA